UUUUUUUUUUAUUUAUUUAUAGAACUCAUUACGCUAUGAACAAUAAAAAAGAAUGGGACAUCAAUGACGCCAUUGUACCACAAGUGUGUGAUGGUGAAUUUGAUGAGUUCUGCGAAUGGACCGAUGGCCAUGUCCGUCUGGUUUAUUCCAUAACAAAUGAAGAAGCAAAAAAACACAUUUCCGGCUGGGCAAUGCGCAACACAAACAAUCACAAUGUCAAUAUAUUGAAGAAAAGUUGUUUGGGGGUAUUUGUGUGCUCGAAAGAUUGUGUUUUAUCGAAUGGUAGCAAAGUUAAUCUUCGUCCAGCUAUAUGUGAUAAAGCUCGACGAAAACAAGAAGGAAAACUAUGUCCGAAUAAGAAUUGCCAUGGUGGAAGAUUGGAAAUCAAACCAUGUCGGGGACAUUGUGGGUAUCCGGUGACGCAUUUUUGGCGUCAUUCGGGAAAUGCGAUAUUUUUUCAAGCAAAAGGUGUUCAUGAUCAUCCGCGACCUGAUCCGAAGAAUUCAACAGUGUCGAAGAGGGCUUUUGGUAGGAUGUCAACAAUUGGACGAGGAGUGGGAGGUAGCAAAAGGAUGAGUAAUCAUUAUUUGAACAAGGAGACUAUACUUAAGGAAAAUAAGGGCUUUAAUCAUACUCACAAUCAGAUAAUGCAGCCACCUACGAUGGAUAUUUAUCAAUUUAGUGUAUGUGGAAAAUGUUCCAACCACAUGCCAUGUGCCUGUCCAACUACAACAACUAGUAGCAUCUAUCCAACUUCAUAUGUCCAACCGAUCUCUUCAUCAUCACCAACACAUGCCAAUAUUUAUCACUAUGACAUUCCCACAGAUCAUCAUCGACCAAAUAGUGUAACAUCAUCAGGAACAUCAUAUCCGUCGAUAAAUUCAAAUUGUGACUACCAAUAUGAAUACAAUCAUCAUCAUUCUCAUCAUCAUCAGCCUUCAGUGCUAAAGCCUUCUCCAACAACACCUCUAAUAUGUUCCAACAGCAGCAGUAUUAUGGACAAUCCAUCCACAACAAUACCAUAUAGUGAUAGUCAAUUAGCUUUCCGCCCAAUACAUAGUAUUAACAACAAUAACAAUAAUAACAAUUGCAAUGCAAUUAGUAUGAAUCCUGAUAGUUCGAAUUUUAAGCCACCACCAUUAACAGGAGGCGGCUUUCAAGAACCAACUUCUGUACUUACUUCAAAUCACCAGCAACAGCAACCAGAAUUUAUAAAUUAUUCUCAAAUCAAAACUAUCGAUAGUAAACAGGAAUUAUUGGAAAAACAUUCCUCAUAUGGUAAUAAUAAUUCCAUAGAUGAUCUCUAUUGUCAUAGAACAACUGCUGUUACGGAAUUAAAAGGCGAAAAACAACUACAACAACUGCCACGAAAUGAUACAAUUCUUUAUGAAUAUGAUAUAAAUCCUUUCGUAAAUAGUGGCAGUUUUUAUGAUAACACUUCGAAUUAUGGAGUCUUGGGUUAUUUUGAUAAUAGCUCACUUUCUUCGGCGACUAACGUCCAUCAUGAUUCUGGAUAUUCAUCGACUGGCAGUCAAGGUCAAGGUUAUUCUUCUUAUGAUGGCUAUCAUCACCACCAUCACCAUCAUCAUCAUCAGAUUCCGAAUGUUGUCAAUGCAACAGCAGCUUACUAUGGACACAAUGUGUAGCAAUAGUAUUAUAGUAGAAGAAUAGAGUAGUACAAUAGAAGUUAAAAUAAUUUAAUCUCAUUUAUGUUUAGAAUAAUAAUUUAUUUAAAAAUUUAGAAUAAUGUACAAACUAUUUGUAAAAUUAAAGACAAAACAAACAAACAAAAAUUUAAAAGAAAAAAAUCGUUCUACUAUGUAUGCACGAGAAGAUGGGCGCUAACAAACAAGACCAGGCACUGUUGGAGUUAUUUUGCAAAUCUAAAGGACUUUCCCUAUCCUUUAUAAUAUUUGGAAGCUUCGAGUCUUUUUUGGAAGAUGUGCGAUCUUUAAUUAAAAUGGGGCAUUAUUGACGUUCCUGAUGAAUCUGAAGUUUCGUGAUUUUUGGGGUAUUCUACUUUUCUGAUAUUAGAUAAAUUAAACCUUUACAAUGUUCUCUAUACCCUUCCCGAUAACAAA